AUUUGCAGGUUAGUUUUCUUAUCACAAGUCGACUUUUAUCAAUGCCUACUACUUUUGUUUAUACCGGCAUUUCACGUAACUUUGAGUAGCUUAUUUAUUAAAAUUUGACUUUAAGAGGUUUCAGAAUAGCCCACGCGUGAAUUUUCACAGCUUGCACAGUUUUAAGGUCUAGGGAGAUUUGAAGACGAGGACAUGAGUCAAUAAUAAUAAGCAGCCCAAACCGCUCGUGCUCAACUACCGAAAGCGAAGGUAGAUUUACAACCGAAAGCAUUGAAAAAGCAGCGAAGAUCGGAACUUCAUGAGAACCCGAAUGAGAUGUCACAAAAAUUUUACGGUCCUCUCGCGGUGAUCAAUUUCCUCCUUUUAUCUUCUUUAUUUCGUUCAGGGGCUUUAAACGAUGUCUCCGACUCAAAGCAAGCAGAAGAGCUAUUUAAGAGAUUGUUCAUUCAACAACGAGUCAAGCAGCUAGAGGCAGUGAAGCGGAUCAGAACUUUGGCUGGUGAGAAACGGCAGAAUCUCAUGAUUGCCACUGCAGCUGAAAGUAUUUUCAAGGUGCUCAAAUCAAGUCGAUCCAUAGUAGAAAGUUCUGGGUAUGUGCCAGGGUUGACCAGUUUUCCAGAAAGUCAAGAAACUAGAGAAGCUCUCUCCAACAUACUUGAAAACACAGCCUUGUUUGGUGAACUACUGCUACAUUUUCCUGAGAUAUCUCAUGCAGUGUUGAAAGACAGUCAUGAAUGGAAGGUGCUUUACGAAUGGAGCGUUAGAUUUAGCAAUCAAACAGAACUUUUAGACCGAAUCACAACCACCUUAAUAGAUCUAGUCAGUCAAGAAUUAAACAUUACCGAUCGGAAACCAGACUUCAUAAACCCGUACUACAAGAAACCAGCAAAGAAGUACGUUCCAUCAAAUUUUAGCGAAAAUCAAAUCAAGAAGGUGAAGAAGAAACAGAAGUUACCGCGCGGACCACGAUUGUCAAGCUCGAACAUUAAAUACGACCUUUGAUUUUACCAUCUCAGGAUAUUGGUGUAUGAUUUUCCUGAAAUUUCAAACUGCCAGGAGGAAUAUUUCACACCCUAAAAUAUUAGCUACAUAUUAUUAUCAUUGAAAUAUUAGCUUGGAUAUUGUAGAUUUUUUACUUUUUUACCAUUUGAAGUAAACGAAAUGUGCAAGGAA